AUGACAACCAGUAUCGAGAUUCGAUACCGCUUGAAUACCUAUCGCAUGGUCCCCGAGGGAUUCGACGCGAUGCGGUAUGUCAAGCAUGGGAAUCUGGGGAAGUUAAAGGCGGCUAUUCAAUCAGGCGAGGCGACACUUUGGGAUACGGCAACAGACGGGUGGUCACUUUUGCACACUGCUACAUACGCACGACAGCUAGAGACUGUCCAAUAUCUACUUCAGCUCGGAGCUGACCCUGCUGUGUCAGAUUUAGGAACCAGAAAGCCUGUUGAUCUAGCAUCCCUUAAGUCUAUUGGCGCAGACGCCACACAAGUCGAGAAGGACAUUGUCGAUCUGUUUUCCAGAGAAGAUGAUUACAUUGAUGACUACUAA